AUGAACGCGCAACUCGAACAGCUGGAGGCUACGUCGGAAGAAGCAUGGAAAGCGCACAUCAAUAACCGGCUUGCCCCGCUCGUAUCCGUUACCAACCACCCAUCUCCCAGUACAGCUAUUCUGGCUACCGCGCAUCGUGCAACUCUCGCCGAACUGGACGAAGCGCUGAAGGCCGCGAACCUCAUACGCUCCUCACUCAAUAACCUCAUCCCUAUCUGCCGAUUACCAGCCGAAGUCUUGUCACAAAUCUUUGCGCACCUCUCAGAGGUAUAUCGCCCUGAUUGCGACUAUUAUCACAGAAUGGCAUCUCUUGGAUGGGUCUGUGUCCUGCACGUGUGUCGCCGCUGGAGAGAGGUGGCUCGAGGAUGCGGCGAACUAUGGACCAGCAUCGAACUCGACCUUGGAUCGAAAUGGUUGACCCUAUUCCUCGAACUAUCUCACUCUCGACCUCUCACGUUACGCCGCAUGCCGAGGAAGAGCCAUCAACACGCACCUGACUGGAAAACGAAAUCGUUCGCAAUUCAGGCAUUGAAGUCUGGUCCUCUUCUUGAACGGUUGGAAACAUUGGAAAUCAUCGAACAGGAGUUCUUUCCUGUCGGCGCACAGUACACGGACUUCCUGGAGGCUUUAGCCAGCCUGCCUCCAGGGGCUCUGCCCCGUCUUCGCACACUGCGGCUCAACCCGCCUUAUCGGGUGACGGCAGCACAUACGUUCCCCGUGCACAUCCUCGCAUCCGUCACCAACCUAACACUCACGGCUAAUAUGAUCGGUGGGCAGGAUAUCUGGCCAAGGCUACCUAAUGCCUUUCGGAGUCUACACUUCCUUGUAGGGCCCAAACAUAAACGUGGAAUCUCUCAGCACGAUCUCCAGGGAUUUAUUCCCUUCAUCAGCCGCUGCGAUCAGCUCUCGACCCUGGAAAUUCACUCGAAUUUCUUAAACGUUAUACCUGUCGAUGAGGACGAGGACAUCCGUCUUCCUGCCAUACGAUCUCUCAGCUUACGCGGGAAAACAAGUAUAGUUCUUAGCUUGUUGCGAAGACUGUCCGCACCUGCGUACCUCAAGAAACUUAGCAUCAAUACUUUCGUUGCUGAAGGGAGCAUGCUCUUGAACCCCGUCGCCGACAUCAUAUCCUCUAUGCCCUGCGCCCAAGCACAGUACCAGACACUGUUCCUGGGACACUACGCCAUUAAGGACAGUCAACGCAGCCGCGAUAAAGGAUAUGUUGCUUUGCAAGCCCGUAUGUCAGAUACUCAUGCAAUCGAUGGUGAACACCUAGGCCCCGAGGACAUGGUCCUUGACCUCCGGCUCCGCCAUGGCAAACACUCCGAGAAUGACUUCGCGCAGAGGUCUGCCCUCGCCGACGAGUUACUUCGCAUCGUGAACUCAGCGAGCGUCAAAACUCUCAUUGUCAGAGGUCUCCAUGCCCCUCCGGGGAUCUGGAAGCGGUGGUUCGGCGGUAUGCGCACAAUCUCUUGUCUUAUCCUGCAGAGAUCCGAGGUACUCGCCCUGCUUCGAGCGCUCGGCCUACCUGCCACCGAAGCCCUGAUUCUCAACAAUCGCGACGAUGCUCUCUUCCCGGAACUGAAGACACUCUCUAUCUCGUACGCCAACUUCUCUAAGAUGAUCGCUCCAGCUCUGGAGCGAGGUCAUGCUGCGGCUGUACUCAAAGAGACCUUGACCUCGCGCAUGAUGGUCGGAUGCACGACGAAACAUCUCCUUUUGCGUGAAUGUAAAGUGGAGGAGCAGGAGCUUCGGACGUGGGUCGACGCAGUACCGGUACACUUACGCGAUUGGACGUUGGAAAGUCUGCAAGAAGGGGCAGUUCGUUCGCGGUAG